UUCAAAGUCCUCCGAUUCAACGUGACGUUGAUGUCGUGUGAAUGGAAACACAUCUUUAACGCAUCCCCUUGAUUCCCUACACCUCGAGAAGAUCAGCGCCGAGGCAAAAGAAUAUUUUUUAUUACUCAUCUGUUUCUAGUGACUAAAUCCUUCUUUUUUGUAAAAUGUUGGCCAUUAUUUCAAAGACCGUGAGAAGCCAAACAAAAUUCAGCUCUCUGUCGCGGUUGAAUUCCACUUUAGUGAUAGCUGAACACAACAAUGAGACAGUCGCAGCUGUCACUCAAGCAACACUGACUGCAGCAAAAAAAAUUGGCGGUGAAGUUACAGUUCUUGUAGCUGGGACAAAGUGCGGACCAGCUGCUGAAGCACUGUGCAAGGCUAAUGGCAUUAGCAAGGUUCUGGUGGCUGAGAGUGAGGCUUUCAAGGGCUCAGUACCAGAGUCGUUGACUCCCUUGAUCUUAGCAACACAGAAACAGUUCAAUUUCAGUCACAUUUUAGCGGGGGCCAGUGCUUUUGGCAAAGCUUUGUUACCAAGGAUAGCUGCUAAACUGGAUGUUUCUCCAGUCAGUGACAUCAUUGGCAUAAAGUCCCCAGAUACAUUUAUCCGAACAAUUUACGCUGGAAAUGCUAUCCAGACAGUGAAGUCGAAGGACAACGUAAAAGUGGUGUCGGUUCGAGGGACUUCUUUCGAACCUCUUCCCUUAGAAGGUGGUAGUGGCAAGGCCGAGCCCGCACCAGCUGGUGACUACAAAUCAAAUCAAGUUGAUUUUGUUAAGCAGGACCUGAGUAAAUCUGACAGGCCCGACUUAACGUCCGCCAAAAUUGUUGUUUCGGGCGGACGUGGACUGAAGUCUGGAGAGAACUUCAAAUUACUUUAUACCCUUGCUGAUAAGCUCAAUGCUGCUGUUGGCGCAUCUCGUGCAGCUGUUGAUGCUGGGUACGUCCCCAAUGACCUACAGGUCGGACAGACUGGAAAAAUUGUGGCCCCUGAACUAUACAUCGCUGUAGGAAUCUCCGGAGCCAUCCAACAUCUUGCAGGAAUGAAAGACUCGAAAGUCAUUGUCGCUAUAAAUAAAGAUCCAGAGGCGCCAAUUUUCCAGGUUGCGGACUACGGUUUAGUUGCAGAUUUGUUCAAAGCUGUCCCCGAACUUAACGAAAAAUUGUAAGAUUCUUCCCACCCAUCGAUAUUCCGGCAGAAAUGCAAAAUAUUUUUGUAAAUAAACCAUUCCUUUUCUCUCUGUUAAUAUUAAUUCGGCCUAAAAAUUAAUUCGGCGUAUUUUAAUGGAUAAAUCAUGUGCGGAAAUUAUCCGGGAGCAUCAAAUGGAAAACCACCGAACACUUCACAUGUAAAUAAUGAAAAAAAUUAUUGUUGAUGAAUUUAUAAUAAACGGAUUUUAUAACUGA